UGUGGCUUUCGUCAGACUGAGGAUUUGGAGUGCAUUAGUGCAGAGAGAGGAGAGACAGGGAUUGAGAGGAAGAAAAUAAAUGUGUGAUGAGUGUGGGAGGGAGGAGUUUGUUUCGCAAACAUACCUGUAUGUACAGCCCGACCAAGAGUGGAAGGAAAACAGGUGGAGGACCCAAAAAGGACAAUACUGCACAAAUAUAUACUGAUACAAAGCAAGAAAUGGAGCUGUGUGAGAUUAUAGAGCAGAAACACAGUUUGGACUGUUGUGCUAAUUUGGGACACAAACAGUGCUGAGAACUAAACAGGUCAUCACAGGCUCACACAGACAUAUGGACAAGAUGGGGGCCAGUCGUCCACUGCCCAAUGUGCCUAAGGAUUCGCUAAGUGCUGCAAUAGAGGCCAUCAGUGUGAGCACAGAACUCGUCGAGGAGGAACUAAAGCCAUAUUUGGACACAGUGCUAAAUGUUGCCAUAGAAAGAAAGAAAGGCCUUUCAGAGCAGGUUGUAGAAAGUGGGAUUCUGCCAGUACUGGCUCAGAUUUUAAGAAGAAAGAGCAUGCUCACUACUCACACAGCCAGGCUGGUAGCUGAACUGGCCAGAGACGCUCCUGUGAGAGAGCAAUGCUUUGAGACAGGCAUUGUGUCUGCCCUUGUGACGUUACUGCUAAGCCAAGAUCAGGACCUUCUCCUUCAUGUUAGCCAGGCCAUCGCCAGGAUUUGCUAUGACAGCAACUUACAGCAAGAACGAUUCCUGAGGCUCGGAGCUGUCCCACGACUGGUGUCGGUUCUUCUCCAACACACUGAAAACGAGGCACUGCUGAGCUCUUGCCUUCUGGCCCUCUGUAACCUGGCUGACAUGGGCGAAGAAGAUGGCUCCAUGCUUUCCUGGGAGGAAGGGGCAUACUUCGGCGAGGGUGAGCGGGUUUUCCGUGGCACCUCGCGGUACUCUUUUGGCUUCUCCUCAGCUGUGACGGUGGUCAGGCUGAAACAGUGGACUAAUGGCCAGUACUCUGUGGCAGUAGAAGUGCUUCAAAGGUGCUCCACAAUGGUGUGGGGCGCAAAAAACGGCCACCAGAAUGGACACCGCUUACCGAACUUUGCCCACCUAGGCAGCUGCCCCAAAUUGUAUAAAGUUAUAAAAUGCUCAGUGAAGAACAUUCCGAGAAACAGGAAUCUGAGGGCGGCAGUGCUUCAUACCCUGUUGUGAGGCUUCAUCGUAGUGCUUUUGGACUGUUAAUGAACAUCUGAGGUGGCCUAAACUGGUGAUUUGGUGUAAACCACAUCCCGACAUUUAAGGAGCUCAUUUCAGCCAUUCGUAACAAAGAAUGGAUGUGAAAGCACAGACAUACACUAGAAUAUAAUCGCUCUCAUUUUCCUAUUGCUCAGACGUCACGUCUGAAUGCAAGGGUACAAAUCCAGAGCCAAAAUCACAAGCCAGGUCACAAGAAAUGUUGUGUCCAGGCAGUUUAAGUCCUACAGAUCUACGCUGGCUGUACAUAGAACAUGAGAACAGGUGGACGCUGAGUUGCAAUCUGCUAGCCUUUCUGAACUCUGUGAUUAGUCCAUAAGAGGCCUUACAGUAGUGGAUUAUCCAGACCCAGUGUUCAGGGUCAGAGCAGCUACAUGCACCCAGGUCACAAUAUGCAACUGUGUUGCAAAAUGCACCAAGGGAAAUAAAUUAACAGAUGAGAAUCGUGACUUUUGUUUACAGUCUUUGGGUCCAAACACAGUCCAGGUGAAUGCAGACUUAAUGAACCAAAUUAGAGCAGUGUUCCACAUAACUGGUUUCAAAUUUCAUUUUAGAUUGAGAACUGCAAAAAGUUAAUGUCCAUGUAGAAAACCCCUGCUAAAGUGGCCUAUGGCCAUAUUACAUACACUGUGUGCAGGGUUCCCACAGACACAGAAAAAGUGGAAUAUUAAGAGAAUAUCAACAUUGUGUGACUAGAUUUUGCUUUUGUGUAGAGUUAAACUUGCUACACUACCAUUAAAAAAAUUGGAGUUGUUAAGUGUUUUAAAUUGUUGAAUUUUCUCUAAUACUUACCAAGGCUGCAUGUAUUUGAUCAAAAAAUACAGUAAAAACAUGUAAUAUUAUGAAAUAUUCUUUCAGACUGUUUCUAAUUUAAUUGCUUUCAAAAGUAAUUUAUUCCUUUAGUGGCAAAUCUGAAUUUUCAGCAUAACUGAUUUGCUGCUCAAAAAACAUUUUUCAUUUUUAUCAAUGUUGAAAACAGCUGUGCUGCUUAAUUUUGUAUAAACAAACUUUUGUUUGU